AUGACGGCCCGUCAGUCCACCCAGGCGGAAGAAAUAGCCAGAGUCAAUGUUAGAGGGAGAUGUCGGAUCGCCGAAUGCGGUGAAGUCAGUAAAACCUCCAUAUUUGUACCUCAGUGGCUUCCGAAUGCCAUCCCUCAGAGCGAGUCCGGGUUCGCUAGUUGCGAGCGCUUCGCACCGACCGGCGUCAACGGGUCGACAGACUUUUGUCCUUCGAAUCUAUUCUUCGACGAUGUCGUUGAAUGUGAAGCCUUUGUUUAUGCCAGAGACAAUUCUGUUGUUUACGACUUUGACCUCGGCUGCGACGAAUGGAUGCGAGCUCUGGCUGGAACACUGAACAGCAUCGGAACUCUCCUAGUCCUACCUGUUACUGGAUAUAUCUCUGAUAGAUUCGGACGUAGAAUAGCUUUAAUCAUUAGCAUCUUUAACUUAUCUCUCUUUGGACUGAUAAGAGCAUUCUCCAUCAAUUAUCCCAUGUAUUUGGCAUUUCAAUUAAUCCAGACAAGUUUAGGUGCCGGCACAUUCAGUUCAGCUUAUAUUUUUGCUGCAGAAUUCGUAGGACCAAAAUACAGAGUAUUAACCAGUGCUACCUGCACCGCUAUGUACUCGGUGGGACAGGUAACCUUGGGCAGUAUAGCCUGGCUGGUCCAGCCUUGGCGUACUCUCAUAAUGGUACUCCACAUCCCAUGCUUCUUCACGGUAUCUUACUACUGGAUAUUGUCUGAGAGUGUGAGAUGGUUGUUAUCCAAGCAGAGGUUCGAUGAUGCUAAAAUAGUCCUGGAAAGAGUAGCGAAGACAAAUAAGAAGGUUAUUAGUGAAAGCUCAAUGAACGGCUUAUUGACUCCACCAGCUCCACCUGAAGACGAAAAAGAAAAGAAAGAAGGACUGUUCAAGACAGUGUUUAAGUCCAGGAUCCUUCUCCGCCGUGUGUGUACCACUCCGAUCUGGUGGAUCACCACGACCUUCGUGUACUACGGCCUCUCCAUCAACUCUGCCAGUUUAUCAGAUACCUUAUACUUGAACUACAUUAUGACCUGUGCGGUGGAAAUCCCGGGGUUCUAUACAGCAGUCUUGAUCCUGGACAGAGUCGGCAGGAAGCCUACUUUGUCUGGAGGAUUUUUCUUUAGCGCUGUUUGUAAUAUCGCAUUUGUGUUUAUUCCCACUAAUCUCACGAUUCUUCGCUUGAUAGUAUUCCUUCUGGGCAAGUUCGGCAUCUCCGUGGUGUUCACAUCCCUGUACCUGUACACGUCCGAGCUGUACCCCACGCAGUACAGACACAGCCUGCUCGCAUUCUCGUCCAUGAUCGGGCGCAUCGGAUCCAUCACUGCUCCACUCACUCCUGUGCUCAUGGUUUUCUGGCCUGGUAUUCCAUCACUGUUGUUCGCUGCGAUGGGUAUCCUGUCAGGGUUGCUGGUGCUGACACAACCGGAGACGCUGGGAACCAAGAUGCCCAAUACCUUGGCUGAAGCAGAAGCGCUGGGUACAACAAAAUGUAAACUAGGAAAUAUUUGA